GAGAGGGAGGACCCACAGAACGGUAUCCUGGUGCCUGAAAAGCCAGAGGAGCAGAGGAGUCACACUGGAUGGUCCCUAGUAUAGUGUACUGGAGCCAAAACGCGAGAAGAGGAGCCAAUGCUAAGCUGAUCACAGAGACUGAAGAGGAGCAGGCACACGGGGCUCCUGUCCACACGGCUGGUGUACCAUGCCCUUCCGAUCCCCCCCUAUUUUGGGUCCCGACAAUAGGAGCGACGGUCAGCAAAAUGGCCCCUUACAGGACCAGAGAGGGUCCCCGGAUCGGCUGGAGCUGGGCAGGAAGGUGACCCUGCUGAGGGGAGUGUCCAUCAUUGUGGGGACCAUCAUUGGAGCGGGCAUCUUCAUCUCACCCAAAGGCGUUGUUAGGCACUCGGGCAGUAUUGGGGUCAGCCUGCUGGUGUGGAUCGCCUGUGGAGUACUCUCACUGUUCGGGGCCCUGUGCUAUGCUGAGCUGGGGACUUGUAUAAAGAAGUCUGGGGGCCACUACACGUACAUCCUGGCAGCCUUCGGCCCUCAGAUGGCCUUCAUCCGGCUCUGGGUGGAGCUGGUCGCCCUCAGACCCGCAGCCAUGGCAGUCAUCUCGCUGGCCUUUGGACAGUACAUCCUGGAGCCGCUCUUCAUGCCAUGUGCCAUCCCCCCUCUGGCAGUCAAGCUGGCCACCACCAUCGGGAUCACCGCGGUCAUGUACCUGAACGCCAUGAGUGUCACGUGGUCAGCCCGAGUGCAGAUCUUCCUGACCUUCAGCAAGCUCCUGGCCAUCGCCAUCAUCGUGGUGCCUGGCCUCUACCUGAUAAUGACAGGGGAGACGUCCAACUUUGAGAAUGCAUUUGACACCAGCAGGAUGCAGCUGUCUGGAAUGCCGCUGGCCUUCUACUCUGGGAUGUACGCCUAUGCCGGCUGGUUCUACUUGAACUUUGUCACAGAGGAGAUUGAGAACCCAGAGCGGACCCUGCCCUUGGCCAUCUCCAUCUCCAUGGCCGUGGUGACCUCCUGCUACAUGCUGACCAACGUGGCCUACUUCAGUGUCAUGUCUGUGGAUGAGCUGCUGGCCUCAGACGCGGUGGCUGUGACAUUUGCUGAUCGGGUGUACGGGGGCUUCUCUGUGGCCGUGCCUGUUUUUGUGGCUCUGUCCUGCUUCGGCUCUAUGAACGGCUCCCUCUUUGCGUUGGCCAGGAUGUUCUACGUGGCAUCUCGGGAGCAGCAGUUGCCCGCAGUUCUGUCCAUGAUCCAUAUACGCAGACAUACGCCUCUACCCGCUGUAUUUGUACUGUAUCCCAUGACAGUGCUGCAGAUCUUCGUUGGAGACAUUUACGGCCUCCUGAACUUCAUGAGCUUCAUGCGCUGGCUCUUUAUCGCUGUGGUGGUCCUGGGUCUGCUGUACCUGCGCUACACCCACCCCGAUCUGCCUCGCCCCUUUAAGGUGCCCCUGUUCAUCCCUGUCAUCUUCUGCCUGACCUGCUUCUUCAUGGUGUUUCUAUCGCUAUUCUCGGACCCUGUCAACACGGGGAUCGGGUUUGCCAUCUCGCUCACUGGCCUCCCAGUGUACUACAUCUUCAUUCAGUACAGCUACCAGCCUAAAUGGCUCCUGAAGGCACUCAACGCAGUGAGCCGAGCCCUGCAGAUCGUACUGGAGGUGGUCCCCGCUGACUGAGCUGCAAUCGUCCUCCUUCAGCUCCAUUCAAAUGAAGUCUGUUCUAAAUACAUUCAUGUCAAUGCAUCUGACUCACACAUCUUUACUGUGCACUGUACAUUAUGCAACUUAAAGGAGGGUAUGUUGAAUCUUCAUUUCAAAUUUCAUAAGCGUGUCCACAGAUACGAGGUAAACAAAUCUAAUAUAGCUUUUACAUUUUUAGCCCAGUAAGAGCGAAGGUACAUUCCCUCCCUUUGAUUUGGUGUCUUGACUUCUCAUUAGGUAAAGCUCCGUAUUCGUGUGAGCAGAUACACUUAUGUCAAAAGCGCACCACAAUGUUUCCCAAUCAGAGUUACAGGGACCUUCUGGGGGUACUUGAAAUUCUUGUAUUUGUGCAGUAUUUGAUUAUAAAAUAUAGUUUUUGUAGUAAACUGUUAAUAAAUUUGUAUAUCA